GGAAACCGAGGGAGCUCAUAAACUUUCCGUUCUUGGAAAUCUUCACAAAGAAGCAAGACACGCUUAUUCAGGAACAAACUUCUUGGAUGCAAGAUAUAGGACAAGAAGUGUCAAGGGAAGCCUGCAAGUACAACCCUUUAUGACUGAAUACUGAAGAAAUGGGAAUUUACAUUCAGACCUACAGAGAAAAUCUUCCACUUUUAUCUUCAACUUCCAGGUCUACGUGAUCAUUGUCCUGGCUAGUGCAGACCUGCAGCAUCUGGGCGGCAGGGGUGUGGACUUUGGGAAGGAGAAGGCGCCCAAGUAGCUGCUGCUACUUUCACCUUUGCCCUCAGCUCCGGCCCUGCCCAGUCCUGUACAGUAGCAAUGGCUCCUCUGGCCUUUGGACUCUCGACUCCAUGGAAAAGGAAGUUCUUGACAGGAUAUCAGAAAAACUGGCCUGAGGUCACCUGGAUGCUACUUUGUGCUGGUGCUUGGUACCAAGCCCCCUGAGGAGACUCCCACCCUCCACCCCUGCUUCACAGCACUCUUCAGAUGCUUUGGGGAGGACCCGUGUUUCCCCAGAGCUUCCCCCAGGCAGGGGAGAUGCUCCAGUGCCUGCUUUUGGAAGGAGAGGAAGGGACAGACUCGGAAGAGAGAGAGGACAGUUCCAUAGAAGAUUCAAAAGAAAUCGUCACCCUGGCUUUUGUGAGAGAGAGCACUGGGGCUCAAAAUGGGCUUCAGCAUGCCCAGCAGCAAGGCAAGAAGAAGAGGAAGAAAAAGAGGUUAGGACUGAAAGAUGAGGAGUGGGGAUCCAUGUUGGUAAGAGCAGGAGGGACCUGGAGCGGGGCGGGCCUCGGCUGCUAAGGAGUGGGUAAAGGAGAAACUGUGCGGAGUAAAAAUCACACCACUUUUGGUUCAUAUAAAAAGAACCCACUUUUGAUCAUCUGUUUUAUAGAAUCAAAUAAUGGUGUGUAAUAUAAAACCGUGCCCGUCCUAAUCUUCAUUCUAUUUCUGUUUAGAAUCCCUUUAAAAAAUUGUGUGGGGAGAGACGAUGGAUUUCCUUGUUUUAAGAAAGUACUUAAAGUACUUGUAACAGAAUCACGCCGACUUCUCAGGAUCUGACCGCAGCUUCCACAUUCUAGUUCUUCUUUAAUAUUUUGCCAUGCCUUUUGCUCCAUUCUGGAGGGGGAGUGAAUUCCUCCUCAGACUGAUUGAUGUCUGAAAGCUUGUCUGCUUUCUAACUCACAGCUUCCCUUAGUGGGGGGGCAAGAGGAGGGAGACCAUGAAGUAUUUUGGCCAAAAAGAUAUUCACUUCCCGUUCCCGAUGGGCCACUGGAGUAAAAGGAUUGAGGAGGCGAUGAUGUUAAUAUGAAGCUUCAAGCAAAAUCAGCUAUAAUCACAAUACAGAAUUUCUAGCUCGUGGGCAGAGUAACAGUACUCUGAACCCAUGUUUUCUGUCACUCUGCAACCCUGGGGAUUUGUGUCCUCAGUAACAGGGAUGGUCAAACCGGGCUUAGCGGGACCACUUAGGUAUCAGGCAGCUCCACGUGGGACACGAUGUUUCUACGUGCAGCCCCUUGUUCUGGCAUGUGUGUCUGUCUCUGUCUUGGUGUUUUCCCCUUUCUCUUUUCCAGAUGAUUGGUGAUCAAUCUAUCCAGCUGCCGAUAUGAGAGUGGUGAGCACCUGCAUUCAAGGCACCCACCAUGGGGACCCACUGGAUUCCCCCAAAGAGUUGGGAAGGCUCACUCAUAUAUUCUUCUUUCUUUUUUUUUUUUGAAGGGUGAUUUUCUAAAAAAAAUUAUUUAUUUUAUUUUUAUUUUCUGACUGCGUUGGGUCUUUGUUGCUGCCCAGGCUUUCUCUAGUUGCCGAGAGCGGGGGCUACUCUUUGUUGCGGUGCGCGGGCUUCUCACUGUGGUGACUUCUCUUGUUGUGGAGCACGGGCUCUACACUCAUGGGUUCUAGAGCGCAGGCUCAGUAGUUGUGCCACAUGGGCUUCGUUGCCCCGCGGCAUGUGGGAUCUUCCCGGACGAGGACUUGAACCCGUGUCCCCUGCAUUGGCAGACGGAUUCUUAACCACUGCACCACCAGGGAAGUCCACUAUUUUCAUUUCGAAUUUGGGUGCUUUAGUUUGGUCCUGACUCUCCUGGUCACUGCAGGCCCUUCUUUUUUUCCAGGCUCUUGAAGGCAUUUGAGUUUGUGUUGGAGUCAGCUCCUAGUUAUUAAGAUUAAUGGGGACCGGGGAAGAAGGACGUGAUAGCAUGUAUAUGGUUUUGAAAUACACUGCAUAGUUUUUUCUGUCAAUUUACCUUGCUAAUUAAGCUUGGCUCUGGUCGACGUUAAGGAUUAGUUUAUAUCCCCUGAACAUUCAGUGCUAGUGCUUGGAGGAAACCCAGAGGCCUACUUCCUGGCAAGGGUGGGUGAAACAUUCACCCCAGAAAACCUUCUGUGGAGGUCACUGGGCACAGGCUGUGUUCCCCAGGAGCUUUCCACUCUCCCUGUUCCUUUCUCGGCAACGGUGUGUCCAGAUGGGGCAAGAUGGCUUCCAGUCCCAAGGAGCCCAGUUGUCUGGCUUCAGUGUACGGUCUGGGAGCACCUAGAAACGUAACCUCCCCACCACGUGCUCCUCCCCCACUUCCCGGCUGAUGGGCCUUUCUUUCUCCACCUGCCACGGCAGUGCGUAGGGCUGCCCAACAGUAUGGCCUUCGAGAGGGAGGGGAAAACGACGACUGGACUCUCUACUGGACUGACUACUCGGUGUCGCUGGGGCGGGUGAUGGAAAUCAAAAGUUACCAGAAAAUCAAUCACUUCCCAGGGAUGACUGAAAUCUGCCGCAAGGACUUGCUGGCCAGGAAUAUGAGCCGCAUGUUAAAGAUAUUCCCAAAAGAUUUCCACUUUUUCCCUAGGACCUGGUGUCUUCCUGCUGACUGGGGAGAUUUGCAGAACUACAGCAGGUCAAGAAAAAAUAAGGUGUACAUCUGUAAGCCGGAUUCGGGCUGCCAGGGCAGAGGUAUAUUCAUCACCCGGACAGUGAAAGAAAUCAAACCAGGGGAGGAUAUGAUCUGUCAACUCUAUAUCUCAAAGCCCUUUAUCAUCGACGGGUUCAAGUUUGACCUGCGGAUUUACGUGCUCAUGACAUCCUGUGACCCUCUCAGGAUUUUUGUGUACAAUGAAGGACUGGCGCGCUUCGCCACCACCUCCUACUCCCGCCCCUGCCCAGACAACCUGGACGAUAUCUGCAUGCACCUGACUAAUUAUUCCAUUAAUAAGCACAGUUCCAAUUUCCUUCGAGAUGCUCACUCUGGCAGCAAGAGGAAGCUCUCCACCUUCAACGUGUACAUGGAGAGCCACGGCUACAACGUGGGGCAGAUCUGGAGAGAGAUCGAGGACAUCAUCAUCAAGACGCUCAUCUCGGCUCACCCCAUGAUCAAGCAUAACUACCACGCCUGCUUCCGCAAUCACACACUCAACAGCGCCUGCUUUGAAAUCCUGGGCUUCGACAUUUUGCUGGAUCACAAACUCAAGCCCUGGCUGCUGGAGGUCAACCACUCUCCGAGCUUCUCCACUGACUCCUGGUUGGAUAAAGAGGUAAAGGACAGUCUGCUGUAUGACACUUUGGUCCUGAUCAACCUGAGAAGCUGUGACAAAAAGAAAGUCUUGGAGGAGGAGAGACAACGGGCGCAGUUCCUGCAGCAGUGUCGUUCUCGGGAGACCAGGAAGGAGGAAGUCAAGGGCUUUCAGGCCGUGCUUCUAGAGAAAACUGAGAAGUAUGAAAAGGAAAACUGUGGAGGCUUCCGCCUGAUUUAUCCCAGUGUGAAUUCGGAGAAGUAUGAGAAGUUUUUCCAGGACAACAACUCCCUCUUCCAGAAUACAGUUGCCUCCAGGGCUCGGGAGAUGUAUGCCCGGCAGCUGAUCCAGGAGCUGAGACUGAAACAGGAGAAAAUAUCCUUCCAAACGAAAGAUAAGAGGGUGGAAAUGCAGGGGGAAUCAGCAGGCGAGCGAGCGAGAGGCAAGCGCACGCAGAACUGGCGACAGAAACAAAGGCAGGAGUCCAAGACCGCCACCAGCCCGGCCUCCAAACAAAUGAUCUGGAAGUGGACAGAGCUGGGUUCCCAUGGGCUAUACGUUUGGUUUCCUCCUUCCCAGUACCUCCAGCCAUUGACAUUAGAGUCCUGCACACCCGACUUGCUGUCGAGCAUCAGAAACACAAAGAAAAAUGAGACAGACAGCAGCCUCGAGCAGGAGGCCCCCAGGGAGGAGGCUGGCCCUGCUCCCCAUAAGCCUACAUCUGCGAGGCCUUACAGCUCUAUUACUGACUUGAGGAAUUCAAGCCUCCUCAGCUGCUCCAGGCCAGAGCUCAGUAAACCCGUCUCCGGAAUCAAGGAAGCCAAGUCCACCUCUGCAGUGAACACAGUCACCAGCACUGUGCCUCUAACCUCAGUAGAAACCUUCCCAGAAUUCACCACCCAGGUCUCAGACACCCCCCAGUCUCUGCUAGGGGUGACCAUGGAAACCAGCUCUGAGUGCAGUAGCUCAGAGAUGGACAGGGGGGCCUCCUUCAAAUGCAAGCAGCAGCAGAUGCCUUGGCACCUCAUCCAGGAAAAAUUGUCAAACAAUUCUCUGCCUACGAAAUCCCAGAGCUUCUCAAGGAGUCUGAACCCAAGCUGGACUUUGCUAAAGAAUGGCAUGAAGAAGCAGCAUCCCGUGUCAGAGCUGUUCGCCAGGGUUCCACUGAGGGAGAAGCUGUCCUUGUUCCCAGCUCACUACAGCCCAAAGCUGGUGCUGAGUGACAAGUCACAAAACCCCUCCCUGCCCCGGGAGUGCUGCUUCUGCGGCCGAAGCUCUGGCGAGAAGAAGCAGCUGGAUGUGCCCUCCCUCCUCCUCUUGCAGAAUUCUCACAGCCAUGCUGUUUCCCUGAAGGACCUGCUGGUGGUUGCCACUGCAGCCCGACUGGAUCCGAGGCCUGGCAGAAGCCAUACAGGUGCUGUGCGAGACCGGUGUACACAGGAUCAGGAAGCGUACAGCCACUGCCUGACCUCUGGCCGAAGAGGAUGUGAGAGGAACUAGAAUCAGACUGGAUCUCUGCCACUGUGUCCCUUUCCUCCUCUUAAUCCCAGGAAAUGAUUUGUUUCUUCCUACAGUGUCUACAAUGCCCAUAGAAGCAACUGAGUUUUAUUUCCUCAUCUAGACAUCCUGGUCUUAUGACUACCACCCAUUAGCACCCUGAGGCUAAUAGCCUUGACUUUUGUGCCCCCCCACCACCACCCCCCCGUUAGCUUACAGUGCUGGAGGACCAUGACUUCUGGGAGUUACUGGUGCUGCCCAGGACACACCCCAGUUGCCCCACUAGUGACAUUCCUGUGGGUCCCGCAUAGAGCACUGUCAUCCAGAACACUCCCAAGGACAGAGCAACACGAAGGGAGGAGAGCUGCAGAGAAGGACUCACAAUUUCCAGGAGCCCAAAGCCCUCAGGGCACCAACAGGCCAGUGUCAGUUUGUCUUCAACUCCAGAGAGAAAAGACAGAAGGCUAAGCUUGAUGGAGAACUCUGAGCCCUGAGUAAGGGAGUUGAGGCGGUUGUAACUUCAUCAGGUAAAGCCCAGACCUCCUCCUAUGCCAGCACGUCAGUGUGCAAACAUCUUCUGCCUAUCUCCCUUACCAGCCUAACUCAAAUUGCUGAUGAAGACAGAGGUGAGGUGAGAGUACCCUGUCUGCAGGUGUUUCUCCCACUGACCUGCCAGAAAUGAUGCAUCUUCCCCUCGAGUGUGCGUUAAUCAAAUAAACUGCCAUGCUCCAUGCCAGGAUGAGCCGCCUGAACCAG